CAGCAAGUACUUUGAGUUCACUGUGAUGGGGAAACUCAACAGAGCUGUGUUACGAUACCUGCGGAGUGACAAGAGGAUGAGCUCAGUAACCUUCAACAACCUGGUGUUGGCAGACGGCCAAAUACACCGACUGUUGUUCCACCUGAAGGGGCUACAGCAGCAGGGGCCAGGAGGGGUGGAGCUGCAUCUGGACUGCAGGCUGGUAGAGACGGUCAGGGAUCUCCCAGCUGCCUUCCAGGGUUUACCAGCAGGUUACGGUACAGUGGAGCUGAAGAUCAUGCAGGCAAGAGAUCAGGAGAGUUUAGACGAGCUCAAGCUGGUGGUUGGGGACUCGUUUGAGAAUGUUGCUUCAAUACAAGACUGCCACUUCCAACAAAGAGACUCCGUCCAGAGUCUGGGGGUCAACACAAAGCAGCUGUCCAAUCAAAUGCUGGAGUUAACUAAGGUGAUAAAUGAGCUGAAAGAUGUCCUCAUUCAGCAGGUCAAAGAGACCUCGUUUCUCAGAAACACCAUCUCAGAGUGUCAGGCCUGUGGUCUGGGUGGCACUGAAGUGGUAAAACCUAGGUGUACCUCAGGUGUGUGUUUCCGUGAUGAUAUGUGCAUUGAGACAGGGGAUGGUGUGGAGUGUGGACCGUGUCCUGAUGGCUACACCGGGGAUGGUUUCAACUGUGAUGAUGUGGACGAAUGCCGGUUUAACCCCUGCUUCCCUGGAGUGAAGUGUGUGAAUACAGCCCCUGGGUACCGCUGUGACGCCUGUCCGCUGGGCUACACUGGCCUGGCAGUGGAAGGUGUGGGCAUCUUGUUUGCCCAGACCAACAAGCAGGUCUGUGAUGAUGUGGAUGAAUGCAAAGGACCCGACAACGGAGGCUGCACCGCAAACUCAGUUUGUCACAACUCUGUGGGCUCUUACCAAUGCGGCACCUGUAAGACAGGUUUCACAGGAGAUCAAAUGAAGGGCUGCAAGCCAGAGAUCAGCUGCGGGAGCAGCCUGACCAACCCCUGUGAUGUCAACGCACUGUGCUCUGUAGAGAGGGACGGGUCUAUCACUUGUCAGUGUGGAAUCGGCUGGGCAGGAAAUGGAAACCUGUGCGGAAAAGAUACCGACAUUGAUGGUUACCCGGAUGAGAAACUCAAAUGCAAAGAUCCAAGCUGUAAAAAGGACAACUGCAUCUUUGUCCCCAACUCCGGUCAAGAGGACACUGACAGAGACGGCAAAGGUGAUGCCUGUGAUGAGGAUGCAGAUGGUGAUGGUAUUCUGAAUGAACAGGACAACUGCUGGUUGAAGCCCAACGUGGAUCAGAGGAACAGUGACAAGGACAGCCAUGGCGAUGCCUGUGACAACUGUCGCGUGGUGGAGAACCCUGACCAGAGGGACACCGACAGUGACGGCAAAGGGGACGCCUGCGAUGACGACAUGGAUAAUGAUGGCCUGAAGAACUUCCUGGACAACUGCCAGCUAGUCAAGAACCCAGACCAGCAGGACCGUGACGGAGAUGGAGUUGGAGAUGCCUGUGACAGCUGCCCCGACAUCCCCAACCCAAACCAGUCUGAUAUUGACAAUGACCUGGUUGGAGACUCUUGUGACACAAACCAAGACAGUGAUGGCGAUGGUCACCAGGAUACCAAGGAUAACUGCCCGCACGUUAUCAAUAGCUCCCAGCUGGACACUGACAAAGAUGGAAUGGGUGACGAGUGUGAUGAUGAUGAUGACAACGAUGGCAUCCCUGACACCCUGCCACCGGGACCAGACAACUGCAGACUGGUACCAAACACAGACCAGACUGACGACAACAAUGAUGGAGUUGGAGAUGUUUGUGAGUCCGACUUUGACCAGGACAAAGUGAUCGACAGGAUUGACAACUGCCCUGAGAACGCUGAGGUUACCUUGACUGACUUCAGGGCCUACCAGACGGUGGUGCUAGAUCCUGAGGGUGAUGCACAGAUUGACCCAAACUGGGUUGUUUUGAAUCAGGGAAUGGAAAUUGUUCAGACCAUGAACAGUGACCCUGGACUUGCUGUUGGUUAUACUGCUUUCAGUGGCGUGGACUUUGAGGGCACAUUCCACGUGAAUACAGUGACGGACGAUGACUAUGCCGGUUUCAUCUUUGGCUACCAAGACUCAUCUUCCUUCUAUGUGGUGAUGUGGAAACAGACUGAGCAGACCUACUGGCAGGCGACACCCUUCAGAGCUGUGGCCGAGCCCGGCAUCCAGCUUAAGGCUGUGAAGUCUAGAUCAGGCCCUGGGGAGCACUUGAGAAACUCGCUCUGGCACACAGGAGACACCAAUGAUCAGGUGCGUCUGCUGUGGAAGGACCCCAGAAAUGUAGGCUGGAAGGACAAGGUGUCCUACCGAUGGUACCUGCAGCACCGCCCACAAGUUGGAUACAUCAGGGCACGGUUUUACGAGGGAACUGAGCUGGUAGCAGACUCCGGAGUGAUUAUUGACACAACUAUGAGAGGAGGACGACUCGGUGUGUUCUGCUUCUCUCAAGAAAACAUCAUCUGGUCAAAUUUGAAAUACCGCUGCAAUGACACUAUCCCAGAGGAUUUCCAGGAAUUCAGCAAUUAGUACGCCGUCAGCUCACUCUGAAGAUGACCCCAGAACUCUAAAUAAUGCUGUGUGCGGUUGUGCAAGUGUAUGUGUGCGAGUGCCAGUUUGAUUGUCUAUCUUUGAUUGAUGUGUACAGUUUCUGUGCAUUUAUGAACACAAUUUUUGUACUGUAUGUGCCUAUUAUCAUGUCUGUUAUUUUCCCAACCAAUGCAACACAAUACAGAAGUAUAGCCAUGUGUUAAAGAAAUAACUUGAAGAAUACUUUAACACAUGGCUAAUAAAUGUAUGGACUUCAUUGCAUAUAGUUCGAGAACAGCAGCCCAUCUACCAUUGCAUAUUAAAGUGUUUUAGCAACCAUUUGCAACAUGGUUUUAAGAGUACUUUCAAGAAUAUAUUCAAAGAGCUGGAGGAGGAGCCGAGUCUGCUUUGGAUCAACCUCAUCCUGACAUUUUCUACAUUUUGAUCACGCACAGGUUGUAUUUGUUGUUAUACUUUUACUCCUUUUUUGGGAGAAGUUGAACAGACUGCCUUGUCUCACUUACUGUAGAUGAUUAAUUUAAAGCUCACUGCAGCUUUGUUUUCUCUUUACAUAAUUUGUCCUUAAGAUAUUGAUCGUUUUAUAUUGAUGUAGUCAUGAAUCUGGUUAAAUAAAGGGCUUCACAAUAUACUGAAA